GGGGGCCGAGCGUCGUUUAAGAGUUCGGGGCCGGAACUCGGCCCGGGCUGUCAAGGGGCCGGGGCCCGGGGGCUGAGAGGCUGGAGCCUCCAAGGGAUGAGAGAGGAUCGUUGCCUGUCGCCCCGACGUAUUACCCCAGGCAACAUGAGGCUACUCGCUGCCCUUCCCUCCUCCACUAUUGAUGCCUCCCAGGAAGAAACGCCAAAGCCAAUCUCGGAAACCACAACUGGCCUUCCGACAAGGACCUCUGGAGGGACCCAAGCAUCCCUAUGGAUCCCCACAACCAGCCGCAGCCCUCCCACGGCAUGCCCAAGUCAAACCUAUAGACCACAAGACCAUCACCUCUUGGGUGUCUCCUCAGUUUGAGAAUACAGGAGGCUGGUUGCCAAUCUACCAGAAACAACAUCAGGUGCCUUACAAUCUUCGGAAUCUGGCAAAAGGUUCAAGUCGAAAAGCAACCAAGAAUAGGUUUCCACCUCUGUCCUUUGAGAGUUCAGUGUCUUCUUCUAGUGAACCUGCUCUGGACGAUCUCUCAGUUACGGACUUUCCUAUGCAGUGUCCAAAGGACACUGCCAGAAAACCCUUGAUCCCUUUAUUCAGUCCUCAAAGCUGUGAAGAAUUGUCCUCUCAUGACCUUCAAAAUUCAGGUUACAUGGUUAUCCCACCUGAUAUCCAAACCCCAGAACAGUCCCCUGUGAGGGAUUUUGGGCAUAUUCCCACAGACCAGAGGCAGCAUAUGAGAAGGAGCUGCCCCCUCCUAAUGGAUCCUCCCAAGAGCCCAGCACCAGGACCUGUACUGGUUGCAGACACACCAGAGGAGAUAUAUGGGCUGAAGGUAACUUGGAGACGACGAUAUCAACUUCUUACUUACCUCAGGGAGAAGGGGAAAUUGAGCAUGAGCCAGUUUCUUGUGAAGACAUGAGUGGAACCUUGAAAUACUGAUCUCUUUUUAUCAAUAACUUGGAUCCAGAAGGGCAGAAAUUUACAUUGCCCCAUGGACGGUUUUUAUAGUGCUGCUAAAUCCAAUUUCUGACCCUUGAAGAGAUCAAAUCAACAGACUCAAGUAUCAUUUAGGACCCUAGUGGUCAUUCCUGUUGAUUUAAUAGGGAACCAUAAGCCCCAGAAUUAUUAUGUAAAUAUGUAAAUUAUGUAAAGCUGAAGUUCCCUAAUAUGUUUUUUGGUAUUGCUAGUUCUUGGCAUAGCAUACACAGAGCGUUCUUUUUAUAUUUUUCCUCCUGCUAUUUAUCCAGUUUAAAGGUAAUUCAUAGCAGGUAGAGGGGAAAUGGUCAUACAAUAUUUUCAACAAAUUGUAAAUAUGCACAUAAGAAUGAGAAGAUAACUUUUAGAAAAUAUUAAAAAUGUUUACAAAUAAAUGCA